UGUUUCACUAUAACCGCGACGUAUGUUUGUUAUUCUAAUUAUUGACCGGGUUAACAUUUAGCCCUUUACAAAUAUACUUACCUGUGUUAUAAAACUCUUUGUAAAACGGUGAUAAAAGCACUGUAUGAUAAUGAAAUAUUCGGGCAGAGUUGCAUUCAUUGCUGGUGGUACAGGUAUUGUUGGAUCAGGAUGCGUUAGAUCUUUACUCAAAGAAGGAGCCAAGGUAGCUGUUAGUUCCAGGUCUCAACAGCGAUUAGAUGAUCUGAAGAAGAGUUUCAGUGCAGACUUACAAAAAAAUCUGAUACUUAUUGCGGAAGACAUUGGAACUGAAGCUGGCGCAAAGAAAAUUCUUAAAGUUUUACAGGAACAACAUGGCGGAGUUCAUCACGUGUUGUCUGCCUUUGGUAAAUGGUGGGAGGAAGGUCCAUUGACAGAACAGAGUGUAGAGGAGUUUGAUAACCACAUGAACAUGAGAGCUAAGUCCCAUUUCAUUUGUUGCAAGACAUUUCUACCUGUUCUCGCUAAAGAAAAAGAUACGACUUAUACAUUUGUAAACGGACUGUCCUGUGAGGGCGUAUUCUCGCCGAACAUCUCACUGCUAGCUAUCGGUGCAUGUGCACUCAUGGGAAUAUCAAAUUCUGCACAGGCGCAAUAUAAAGAUUCGAACGUUGCAGUAAAUGAGCUUCGAAUUGCAAUAUUUAUCAAACCUAAGCUCGAUAAGGAUUUAAACAAAGAGGACAGAAUAACAGUUGUGAAUGGAAUGAAGAUUGAUACAGUCGGCAACGACGUCAUGGGAGACUUCUUUGCUGAUUUCACCAGAGUUGGUAAAAGAGGCCUCAUCCGUGUUACCUCCGUAAAAGAUAUGGAAACAUAUAGGAAGGAUUUCCCUAAGUAGAUCUCUGAAGAAUUUUAAAAUAAAAUGUAGAACUUGUAAAAAAUCAGAUCAAAAUAAAUUCUAUUGUAUUCAACUUUAA